AAUGGCGUACAUGUGCGCUACAGCUAUCAUAUGUGUAAAGCCUCGUGAUACAGUAGCAAUUUACAGUAGUAACGAGGUGCAUUUCAUGAAUUGACAACGCCGCCAUGAAGCGCAGCAUGUAUACAUAGCUAUGUGGUAAACGAUGACCAUGCGAGUUCAAAUUGCUCUCAUGCAUUGCGGCGGCCAAGCUUCGAAAAAUUCGAGAUUCCAGGAGAUAAAAGUCGUCACUCAUCUCGAUGCAGAUUUGUACACAUGGUUGAACCGACUUGUUCAACGCUUACUAGCUUAUCGAGGAAUUGACUUGACUAAUCGGAUGCACUGGUUUCGCUACACGUCCGGGUCCGUCAAGAUAACUGUGUUAUUCAGUGCUGCAGACUACCCUGGUCGCGAUUCUAUCAGCUAUGGCUGACGAUUGUUGAACAAAGAAGUGGCCCUCCUCGGCUCCUCGCAAUCUGAGACAUUUCCAAAACCUCGUACCUGGAUAAGACUCCAAUAGAAAGACGGCCAGUGAAUGACAGAAGAAGGAAGAAGGCAGGCACAAGAAGGGUAUAUA